AUGUCAGCCGGUCGCAGAUCCUCCGUAUUCGCUAAUGGUGACUGGCGUGUGUUAAAUAUGUCAUGGUCACGCUCCAAGUUACCAAUCCAAUACUAUAUCUUUUGGGGUACUGAACCAGAAGGUUUUUAUCUUCUGGUUUGGAUAAAAAUUACUGAAAUGUUGGUAGAUGGCGCUUACAUCUAUUGUGCGCAGUCUGAGCUAAAUCAGACUUCAAACUUAGUGGUGCUCUCCACAAUCUUAUACACUGCCGUAGUGAGAGGCAAAGUAGCUCUUCCAUGCGAUAUAUCCCCGCCUUCAGCUGAUGACUCCGUUGUGCUGAUUCUUUGGUACAAAGGGGAGGACCCUGCUCCCAUCUACACCCUUGAUGCACGCAGGGGGACUGUGGAACAAGCGCGACAGUCAGCAAGUACGCACUUGGAAAAUAGAGCAUAUUUUAAUAUGAUCAAUAGACCAGCGUUUUUACAAUUAGAUCCAGUUCAGGAGGAAGAUGCGGGUGAAUAUAGAUGUCGGGUGGAUUUUCGAAAAGCGAGGACAGUUAAUACAGUUAUUACUUUAAAAGUUAUUGUACCUCCUGGAGAGCCCAUCAUACUGGAUGAAGAAAGCGUGCAGUUGAAAGGUUUAAUAGGCCCAUACAAUGAAGGCGAUUCCUUGGUGUUCAUUUGUGAAGCCAUUGGGGGGAAGCCUAGACCAACCGUCACCUGGUGGAGAGAAUAUUCACUUUUAGAUGACACGUAUUCUUUUAUACCCGGGGAACAGCUCGUAAGAAAUGAACUAAAAAUUCCAGAGUUGAAACGGCAUGAUUUAUUGGCUAUAUUAACUUGUCAAGCGUCAAACAACAAUAUAACAGUACCAGCCUCUACUUCCAUAACUCUUGAUUUGAAUCUAAAACCUGUGGAUGUGCGAAUCGAUCCUACAAGGCAACCACUCAGUGCAGGUCAAGAGUACGAAUUCACCUGCAUUGCUGCUGGUUCAAGACCGCCUGCUAUUAUAACGUGGUGGAAAGGCAAUAAGCAAAUGAAGAAUCCCGAUGACAAGUCCACACAAGUUGGAGAUGUUACAACCAGUAUUUUUAGCUUCACCCCAAAUGUUCAGGACAACAACAUCAUUUUCUCAUGCCGCGCUCACAAUCCUGUUAUUCCUGGAAGUGCUGCAACAGAUGGUUGGACCCUAGAAAUACACUAUGUCCCGCAUGUGUCCUUACAGCUAGGAAGUACCUUCAAAAAGGGAGAAAUCCAAGAAGGAAACGACGUGUACUUUGAAUGCAGUAUUAAUUCCAACCCUUGGGUCACAGAAGUCAGCUGGUUCUUCAAAGGUCACGAACUUCGAACAAAUACUUCCGCAGGAAUCGUAAUUAGCAAUCAAUCCCUAGUGCUCCAAAAAGUCCAGAGAACGAAUCGAGGAUUAUAUUACUGUAUGGCGACGAAUUCGGAAGGAACAGGAAGAAGUAAUGAAGUAUUUCUUAGAAUAAGAUACGCUCCAGAGUGUAAAGUGAACCAGAAAAAGAUCUAUGGUGUUGGUCGAUUUGAAUCUGUGCAGGUUGCAUGUGAUUUGGACGCGGAUCCUGAUAACAUCACAUUCCGCUGGAGAUUCAACAGUUCUGGUAAAAGUUUAGACAUAGGCAAUUUUCAAACAUUAGGAACCAGAAGUAUAGCCACGUAUUUGCCACACUCAGAUGAUGAUUACGGAUCUGUCAUUUGCUGGGGAAGCAAUGAAGUAGGAAGGCAAAGGGAACCUUGCGUGUUCACGGUGAUACCAGCAGGCCCCCCAGAGCCCUUACAAAACUGCACGGUUGUAAAUUAUACGGAGGACUCGUUACAAGUGGAGUGUGUCGAAGGUUACAACGGGGGCUUGGUGCAGAUCUUUCAACUGGAAGUUUAUGAUGACUCCGGCCGGAAACUUCAUGGUAACUUCACAUCCAUUCAACCGCAGUUCUAUGUCUCUGGGUUACCAAGUGGAAAAAUGCUUCGCUUGGUGGUUUUUGCCAAGAAUGCCAAAGGAAAAAGUGCGCCUAUUGUGCUCACUGCUAAUACGUUGCAAAAACCGGAGAAAUUGACGGGGAUGGAAGGUAUGAUUAUCAUCCGACCUGUGCUGGGUUUGCUAAUUGGAGUUGUUGUUGCUUUGGUGAUUGUUGCUGUUGUUGUCAUUAUUUAUUUGAGAAUGAAACGCCAUCGAAAAGACAAAGUAACGAAAAGAACGCCAGAAGUUGCUGAUAAGUGCCAAACUCCACUGAAAAAAGAUACAGAUGACAUAGGAGACAGUGAAGAAAAGGGGCCAGACAUCAUUCCAGCAAACAUGAACAACAAGCAGCAUUUCAUUGUAAAUGAAGAUCCAAAGGAACAAUCGACACCAUCAAAGUCUUCAGGAGCAGUAUGCCAUUGGGGUUCUCCACCCAGGAAUCCAUGCAUAGAGAGUAGCAUGCAAGUACCGCCAUGUGCCACAUUCAGGCGGCAAGAAGACGUAACUUACGCUGAACUAGCCUUGCCCCUCGACCAACAAACUGCGGCUACAAUGACAGUUCGGAGAAAAGAUCCACCAACAGAAUACGCAAAACUGGACUUACAGCGUCAUAUCCAUUCCCAAAAAUGCGGGGAAGAGGAUGAAGAAAUCAGUUGCACAUCUUGCGACACUCCUCUAAUGAAAAACAAGCGCGAAAGUGCUGUUUGAAGUCAAAACUAAUCGCCCAAACGAUGUUAUUUCUUGGUAUGAUAAAAAGGUCCAGUUUUGACCUUGUGAAACAAAAGUGCCGAAUUUAGAAGUUUUUGGCGACAUUUCAUGGAGCGCUGUCAACCUAAUAUUAAGAGCUUCAAAAGGCUUAUUCAGUAUUGUUGCCUGAUAAAUAUAUUCCAGCAUUCCCAGGCUCAGACGUCAGAUGAAACGAAAGAUACUUUGAUCUCUCUUUUACGCUGAUGAGCUUUUGUAAGAGGCGUAAGGUAAAAGAGCUUUUUGAUCAUCAUAUUUGAUGCAUAUCUCUGUGAGUUUUACAGUGCAAGAAUAAUUCUUUUAUUCGCCAUUUUCAUCGGAAAAUACACUUUCGUAAUCUUUUUCCCCCCAAGGUAUUGGAUGAAAUUUUAAGCAUUAGUUUUUACUUACUUAAAUCCAUCGAUAUUUUUUACCACAAAAAGAUACAGCUUAUAAUUAAGAGUCAUAUUAGUAUAAUUUCAUGAAGAGUCAAACAGAAAGUGGAGAAAUGCCUUGUAGAAUGCAUAUUUUGCACCAUAGUCUACCAUAAAGGAGAUAAAAAUGUGUUCAUUUAUGUAGCCCAAAGUACCAACAGGAUAAAAGUCGAUGGUUGAUGAGUUCUAGUGUCUACAGUUUGUUACUAUGAAACAAGAUGUAUUUUAUUAGACUCAAAUUUAUUGGUGUUGCACAAGAUACUCAAAGUUACCUUUGUGGACAAAUAGGUUCAACAAGGAUGAUGACAUUCCCGGUGCAUACCAUCCUUGUUCAUUUUCCUCCAUUACGUGAGCAACUCUCUGUGUUGACUUACAACUGUCAGUUUUGUAAUAUGAAGCAUAUGACUCAUUCCGCCAAUACGGAGAAAUAUUUUGUGUUAAUUUCAUUUCAUCUUUUCACGCACUUGAAUUUCUGCGCACUACAGUUUUCCACGCGACAUUAGUCGUUGUGGGAUGAUUUCUUAUUUGUAUUGCCUAAUUUUUCACUUGUAAUAAAUUUUUUGUAUAAAAUACGUGUAAAUUAAUGCAAACCCUGUGAUUCUAGCGUUGUCGAAUUGAAGUGUACGAAUUCAGCAACUAAAUCAAGAGUAUUUUAUUGGAAAAUUGAUAAGUUUUCAGCAAAGUAUCAGAAUGCAUUACGUACAUGUUGAUGGAGUAUCUGUUAGGAAGCUUUUGAAAAAGAAUGAUGUAAAUAUCUUUUUCUUUCUUUUCUUAAUUUUACAUUCCAACACGAUGAGUAUGACAAUCCGAAAGAAAGAGUAUAAAAGAACAUUUUUAUGUAAUAAAUGCCACAAGAAUGUUUUAGAAAUUUUUCAAAGGUGACCUUGAAGAAAGUAACUAACUUCUUUCCAAUUUUGGGAUUGACUAUUGUAUGACAAAGGCUCAAACAACUAUGUUCUCAAGCAUAAUGUUGAUGUCCUGUUGUAAA